GGAGUGACUCAUACACGCAAUGCAUUGUGGGUAAUCACUACAGCAUGCACGUUGAGUCGUUGACAUUGGGACUCUUACAGCGGGUCUCUGAAAGGUAUAGGUAAUUUAAAGAGUCUGCAGCCAUGGGCUCGACAAUGUCAAAUCCCGCUCCCACGGUCAAAGCUGAGGCUGCGAUGGUGGCUCCAAAUAUCGGGCUGUCCCCACCUCAAGGCUGCCCUAUGCAUCGAGAGCCCCAACAAAGUUCUCCAUCGCCACGGCUCUCUCCUCCAUCUGAAUGUCCAAUGCACCAACCAUCAGCUCCUGCUGCUGCUGCAGCCCCAGGACCAGUUCAUCAGGAGCGGGCAUACGAGUUUGUGGAGUGUCCAAUGAGAGCAGGGGCUCAAGGAUUGGGACCCAAAGGUGACAUUGACCCAACAAAUAUGAUGCCACCUCCUAAUCAAGUCCCAGCCCCUGACCAGCCCUUCUCACUUGACAUGACCAGAGAGGAGUCAAAAAUCCCCCGCUCAGGAACAGAAAAAAACUGGGUGUAUCCCUCCGAGCAGAUGUUCUGGAAUGCUAUGCUUAGGAAGGGCUGGCGCUGGAAAGAGGAUAACCUCGCUCCACACGACAUGAGCAACAUCAUCAGAAUCCACAAUCGGAACAACGAGCAAGCCUGGGAAGAGAUCCUGAAGUGGGAGGCCCUCCAUGCAGAGGAGUGUCCGUGUGGGCCAUCCCUCAAGCGUUUUGGUGGGAAAGCAAAGGAGUUCUCACCUCGGGCUAGACUACGGCACUGGAUGGGGUACGAGUUGCCAUUCGAUCGACAUGACUGGAUUGUGGAUCGCUGUGGGAAGGAGGUGCGAUAUGUGAUUGACUAUUAUGACGGUGAGGUGGACAAAAAUACCUACCAGUUCUCCAUCCUGGACGUGCGUCCGGCCUUCGACUCAAUGGGUGCAGUGUGGGAUAGGAUGAAGGUGGCCUGGUGGCGCUGGACAUCUUGAAACGGAAUGAGUAAAACCCAUAAAAACAAAUACAUGCAAACAAGAAAAACUUUGACUUGCAUAAUAGGUGCUCUGACAAUGACUGCCGUUUUCUCAUCUACGUUUAAGACAUUUACCUGAAAGGUUCUUAUCAGAUUUGUGAAUUAUUAGUGCUCUAGGUAGAAUAAUCUUUGGCCUUUUUCUCUGUAAAAAGAGCUUGAUUUUACAUUUCCCAGAGAGAAAAAAAACCCCAACAACCUCUGUUGCUGAAGUUGACUUUUAUCAGAUUUAUGAUUCCUUGCAUUCUGUGUAUAAUUCUACCUUCCAAGAGAGUGCACAUAUGAAACACCAUUGAUAUUUCGAUGUGCAGUUGUCACUCACUGUACAAAUCUUUUUAACAGCCUGUUUGAGUGAUACUUGAGCUUUUAGAGUUGUCAUAUAAUUCAAAUAUAAUAACAAGUGAUGAGAGAUUUCUUGCUUUUUGGACAGGGUGACUCUUAUUUGGCAGAGUUUAUUAUCAAAAGGAGAGCUUUCAACCGCACAGUGAGGUUUUACUGAUUGUGAGGUUUGCAUGAUAGUUGCCUGAUCUUGUCCUGAACAUGGCAGUGCUCAUGAAGCAGCUGCAAGAGAUGUCCACUACACUGCACUCUCAACAGCCCUGUGUGGUUGGGAAUUAUGGAUUGUGUUGGCGGCACGGAGCAAGACUUAAAGCAGGACUGGUAUUCAAUGCGCAGUAGACUCAAAAGUGGUCUUGUACUGCAAGUACAGGCCUGGCGAACUUGAAUUACUAAAUGGCGAUUGGGGGGAAAGAACAUCUAGGAGAAGCUAUUGUAUGUCUAUAGCUAAUUACAUAGCUUACAUAGCUCAAAUCCUCCAACAUACUGGUGGUUGUGAUCAUUUCUUUUCUCUCAAAAAGGGAAUUUGUUCAGUUACCAGUUUUUACUGUAUUUCUGCUGUUGUAGUUGGUCAGUAAUCCAGCACCAUCUGCUUGUGCAAAGCCAACAUUUCAAAAUGUCAUGUUACACAAUCUUAUUUAUUAUCUGCUUUUUCUUUCGAAAAUGCUGAAAAUGGUCUCUUAAUGCUUCUAACUGUAAAAUAAAAUGUCAUACACAAACCCAACGUUUCUUAUCUCUUACUCCCAAACUAAUAAAACACAGACUCUCAAAGUAA